AUGGCGGCCGACCGUCACUCUUCGCCGCAGGAUUACACUCUCCCGUCCAUGGACAAGACACGCCGUUACGAGGGCGAGGAGUUCAAAGAGAGAAAGUUGACGGUAGCUCUCUGCCCAUGUAUUUUCUACUUAAUUCUUUUACUCGUAGUAGCACCAAUCAUACUCGUUGUCAAAUUCCAUUUGCCCUUUUGUAGCGAUGUCAAUUCGGUGCAUACCGAUUCCGAAUUCGAGAGCGACAUCGAAAAUGAAUCAGCUUCUGCCGAAUUCGAGGCGGAUUUGAAGGAGGUGGAAAGAGUAUGCAAGAGAUUCAAUCAUGCUCGAAAACCCGCAUUUCGGUUCUUCUGUUUGGCUGGAGAUAGACCUGGAUUCUCUCAUGAUUCGACCACUUACAAUACAAUGAUGAACAUUCUUGGAAAGACCAGACAAUUCGAGACAUUGGUUUCUCUCCUCGAAGAAAUGGGAGAGAAGGGUUUGCUAACGAUGGAGACCUUCACCAUGUGCAUCAAAGUCUUCGCCGCUGCAAAGGAGAGGAAAAAGGCAGUUGCCAUUGUCAAUUUGAUGAAGAAAUAUAAUUUCAAGGUUGGAAUAGAGACCGUUAAUUGUUUGCUCGAUGCAUUGGGUAGGGCCAAGCUCGCAAAAGAAGCUCAAACGUUGUUCGAGAAAUUGGAGCACAAAUUCGCCCCAAAUCUAAAAACGUACACAAUCUUGAUCAACGGUUGGUGCAUGGUCAAGAAUUUAAUGGAAGCCGCUAGAAUGUGGAAUGAAAUGAUCGAUAAAGGGUUUAAACCCGAUAUCGUAGCCCACAAUAUAAUGCUCGAAGGGCUGUUGAGGAGCCAUACAAGAUCUGAUGCAAUCAAGUUGUUCGAGGUAAUGAAAUGUAAGGGCCCACUUCCUACUGUUAGGAGUUAUUCUGUAUUAAUCAAGAAUAUAUGCAAACACGGCCACUUAAAAGAAGCUAUAGACUAUUUUGACGAGAUGGUUGAUUCUGGAUGUGGGCCUGAUGCUGCGAUGUACACAUGUUUGAUGACUGGUUUUGCGAAUCAAAAAAAGAUGGAUAUAGUUUAUCGGUUAUUAAACAAAAAUGAAGGAGAAAAAUUGCCAGCCCGAUGGCCGAUUGUACAAUGCAUUGAUCAAGCUGAUGGUGAAUAG